AUCUCCUGGGGAGGAGGGGGGGGUUUGGAAGAUUUUGAUUGUGUUACAAAAAAAUUUCUGAUUUUAGUUUUGAAUUUUAGAAAAUUCCUGUUUCUCAUGGGUUUGUUCUAUGGAGUCUCAAAACGCGGUAAUUUUAAAGAUUUUAUUAUCAAAUUGAAUUUAAUACGUAAGGCAAGUGAAAUUGUCAACCUGCGGUAAUAAACCAAGCAUACGACAGCCAGUUAUUAAAUUCUUCCGAAAACAAUUCUAAAUGAGCUGUUUUUCGUAAAUAAGUAGUAUUGAAUAACAAACAACUCAAAAUUACCGACGAGUGUCCUAGUCCUAGCUUACCCAAAUGGAAGGCGGCCAGUUUUUCUGUGAGAGACUGUUGCCUAGAUCCAAGAUGGCGGCCUUUCGGACUGUUCCAGAGAGACUUUUGAGACCAGUGGCGCGCAGCAUAUCGUCAAGAAAUGCUGAGAUUAUUUCUGUAAAGCCUACCUUCGGUAAACCAAGAAUGUAUCGUGCCGCUUUGUGCAAGGAACUUGGUAAACCUCUUGUCGUAGAGCAGAUCCCUGCAGCGGAGAAGCUCAAGGCCUCUCAGGUGAGGAUUGCUGUCCACAGCUGUGGUAUCAACUUUGCUGACAUACUUAUGUGUCUGGGAAAAUAUCAAGAUAAACCAAAUCUACCAUUUAUUCCAGGUGCUGAGAUAGCUGGUGAAGUGAUUGAAACUGGAGAAGGAGUAGAACAGUUAUCAAAGGUGACUGUGUGUUUAUCAAGUCUGGACCCUAAAGCCACAACAUGUAUGUCUCUACCCUUUGGUGAGACACGUUACACUCAUGGUUCCCCUCUUCACCCAGGAGUGCAAGUGGGGAGCCACAAACUGUCAGGAAAGCCUGAUGAGAUGCUUUACUGUAACCCAGGAUGGGGUAAUAUCCUAUCCAUUGAAGGAGGAAACUUUUAUCAUAAGUUUCUUCAUACAGUAAGUAGAAUUAAUGUUGGUUUUGUGAGACUCAAAAGGUUAAAUCAAAGCCUGUUUUGUCUUAUUUGCAGUCAAACAGUGCUAGUGACAGCUGCAGCAGGAGCAUUGGGAUUGGCAACAGUUGAUUUAGCAGCAAAUGCACUGGGAGCAAAGGUUAUUGGAGCUGCAAGUAAGGACAAGCUUGAUGUUGUUACAACAAUGGGAGCGUCAGCCACAAUUGAUUACAACAAAGACAGUAUCAAAGAUAAGGUCAAAGAACUGACAGGUGGAAAAGGUGCAAAUGUGAUCAUGGAAGCUGUUGGAGGAAAAGUAUUUACAGAGUGUCUGAAAUGCAUUGCAUGGGGAGGUGUUAUUCUUCCUGUUGGGUUCGCUUCAGGAGAAAUUCCUCAGAUCCCAGCAAAUAUUCUCUUGGUGAAAAACUGCUCAGCAGCUGGUUUGUUUUGGGGAGCCCACAUGAAAUAUAACCCUGCAUUACUGCGAGAUUCUGUGAAUAAAUCACUGGAGUUUCUUGAACAAGGCAAGCUUAGAGGACCACAUGUUUCUGGAGAGUUUGAAUUAGACCAGGCAAACGAAGCAUUCAAGUUUGUGAUGCAAAGGAAAUCAACAGGAAAAGUGUUGAUAAAAACAAGAUAGACGGGUUGAUCAACCCACUACACCCUAACAUCAGUAUACAUAUUCUCCUCACUGUUCCCUUUACAUUUCUCAAGGGUCUGAAAAGGAGAAUUUGUUUAACAAUCAAGAGUUCUUUAGUUGUUGAUCAUUUCCUUUAUUCUCAUGACCUUAAUGUUUGAUUCAGGGCUGAUAUUGUAAGGAGAAAUUAGAUGCCAGUCACUCUUAGGAGAUAAAGGGUUAAAAGAAUUAAAAUUGAGAGGAUAGGACAUUUCAUACCCCAGUUUGCUCUACAGCUGCAGUGACAUUAAACUUUUGUUAAGUUAUCAAUGUACAUCCAAAGGUGUUCACUAGUUGCGAAGCUCUCUCCAAAACCAUUGACUUCUUGAUUGCUGUAUUUUGAAAAAUAUAGUAAUGAAUCUUUGUAAGUUUUUUGAAAAGUUGACUUAAUAUGUUUGGUGUUUUUAGAACAAAUGGUGAAAUACAACAGUAUCGUAUAGUAAUAUUUGAAACGAUCUAGAAGAUGACAUGUAAAUUAAUCCUUUGAAAAUACAAUUUCUAAGAAAAACAAUUUGUUAAUAGAUAGUUGAAAGCAACCUGAUAGAAAAUAUGUCUCUACAGUCGCUAUCAGAAAAACUUUAACUGCUCAAAAGAAUAAACCAUUUUUUAUAGUGUUUGACAUAAAAAUAAAUAAGGUAUUUAGAAUUAAUAGUUGGAGCUUUUUUUAUUGUGCAUCUGGGGAAUUUGUACCCAUUUUAGCCCAAGUUGUUUUUUUUUUUUCUACCCCUAAACAUAGUUUCCCCCUCUUGAAAUUGGUUGACGCUUACCAUUUUGAUAUUUUCUCCUGUAAUGAACUUAUUUUAAACCUUUUCCUCCAAUGGAUUUUGUAUUGGAUUCCAAAGAAAUAGACUGAAUAAAAAUGGCAUUGUGCUGCAGCCUGUUAAAAUGAUGUUUGGUUUUAUGUCACCACUUACCACACCAGUAUACUUGAAAACAUAUUAACUUUAAUUUUUUGCAAAUUAUUUCCUCUACGUUCUAAAUAAAUUCAGUCUGAAACAUAACACUAGUGAAAGUGUUAUCUGCCCAUUGCUUGUCAGCUUAUCAACAGUUGCAUUCACCGCAGAUAUUGAA